AAAAAGGAGGAGGAAGAAGCAAAAGAUGAAAAAGAGGGAGAAAAAGUUGAAGAAAAAACAAAGCAAGAGGAGGAGGAAGCAAGUGAGGAAGAGGAAGAACAA